UGGUUGGGCUGGGGGUCAAUCUGCUACCUCACGCAGUCUCGGAGCCACCCUGCGGGAGCUGUCAUAUCGGAGGUCGCGGGGCUCUGCGGUCGCAGGUCCGAUGUUCUGAGCCGGCCCAGGUCCCAUUCGCAACCCACAACCCAAAUCCCUGGCUACCGUCGUGACCCCAGAUUCAGCCUUGGCCCGUAUUAAGCCUCAAGGGCCCGUGAGUUUAUGACAUCUGGAAAGUGGAACCAGUAACCUCCUACCGCACUGGGUUGUGAUAAACAUUUUGUAAAAUGAUGCUUGUAAAACGGUGGACAUGAGAUACCAAAACUACUAACGAUUAAUUCGGCAUCAGGAGCUGUUACAACUCACUGAGUCUUAAUAUUUAAUUUAUCAGGUUGGUACUUUUAUAAACCCCAUUUUGCAGUUGAGGAAACUGAGGCGUAAAGACAGCAGCUUGCCCAAAGUCAGGCCAAGGGACUCACAAGCAGUAGAGUUUCUAUCUCAGUCCAAACAGUAUGUCCUGGGCACAUGCAAUCUAUGAUUACUCUUGACACCAGGGAUCAGAGAUUUCUAUAUAUCCACCCUAUAGCCUCAGCUAUACCAUCACUGGGGUAGUAAAACCAUGUUAAGAUCCCCAGCUCCUAUAAACAGAGUACUUUGUGCAAGCACUUCCCAGUGUAUUAUGUCAUCUGCAGCAAUGCCAGAAAGUCAGCCCUAUUGACCUCAUCUGCUCUUUACAGAUCGGCCGCAUUGAGGGUGAGGACCUGUAGACAGUUCCCAAGAUGGGUGAAAGGAAAGGAGUAAACAAGUACUACCCUCCAGAUUUCAAUCCUGAAAAGCAUGGCUCUCUUAACCGGUACCACCAUAGCCACCCACUACGGGAGCGGGCUCGGAAGCUGUCCCAGGGCAUCCUUGUCAUCAGGUUCGAGAUGCCGUAUAACAUCUGGUGUGACGGCUGCAAGAACCACAUCGGCAUGGGUGUUCGUUACAACGCAGAAAAGAAGAAAGUUGGCAAUUACUACACAACCCCAAUCUACAGAUUCCGGAUGAAAUGCCACCUCUGCAUCAACUACAUCGAGAUGCAGACAGACCCUGCCAAUUGUGACUAUGUGAUUGUGAGUGGCGCCCAGCGCAAGGAAGAGCGCUGGGACAUGGCAGAUAACGAGCAGGUGCUGACGACAGAGCACGAGAAGAAGCAGAAGCUGGAGACAGAUGCCAUGUUCCGCCUGGAGCAUGGUGAGGCUGACCGAAGCACACUCAAGAAAGCCCUUCCCACCCUGAGCCACAUCCAGGAGGCACAGAGCGCCUGGAAGGACGAUUUCGCCCUCAACAGCAUGCUGCGGAAAAGGUUCCGGGAAAAGAAAAAAGCCCUGCAGGAGGAGGAAGAGAGGGACCAGGCACUGCAGGCUAAGGCAAGCUUGGCCAUCCCACUGGUGCCAGAGACAGAGGACGACCGCAGGCUGGCUGCCUUGCUCAAGUUCCAUACCCUGGACUCAUAUGAGGACAAGCAGAAACUCAAGCGGACAGAGAUCAUCAGCCGCUCCUGGUUUCCAUCAGCCUCAGGACCCAGCAGCAGCAGCAGCAAAGCUGGCAGCGUCCUGAAGAAGCUGGCCCAGAACCGCAGAUCUGCAACCACCGGCUCUCCCAUCACCGUGGGGAACCUGGGUAUUGUGCGAAGGCAGUCCCGGGAGAUCUCAGAGAGCCCGCAGUGCCUGGCUGAGACCUCCAAGUUUGGGGAGCCCCAGGUGUCAGAGGGCACCACCCAGGACAGGCCCAUAUCCCCCCAAGACUGCUCUCAGGAGACAGUCAAGACCGCCAAUACAAGGGGACCUCAGGGGCAGGAUGGGAGCUGUCAGGACAGGCUGAGGUCCUCUUCAGGCUCCUCCCAGGAGACACCUGUCCCUCAGGAUGUGCCAUACCCCUGCCUCGGCUCCUCCCUCGUGGCUGAUUACUCAGACUCGGAGAGUGAGUGAUUUUGAGGACUGGAUGCCUCCAGAGGCUGAGGCACACCCAGGAAGCCCCUCACAGACUGCAGCGCCACUGGACCACCAGCUCUCCGAGAACUCAGAUGUCACUCCCUCCCCAGACCUCGCCUUCCUGCACUGAUGGAAUUAUUUAUUUGGUCCUGGAGAGGGUGUGUGUGCCUUGUAGGACCCCCACCCCCACCCCAAUAUUAAAGCCCUGCUUCUUUGCCUC